AGAAAGCAAUCGUAUAUAUAAUACUUCAAGAAAAUUAAUGUAAUAAUACCCAUAAUUCCACGAUUUUCCAAGAUCAAUAGUACUUAUAUUUCCACCAUCUUGCUGAAUUUCUCCUUCCAUGUAUGCCUUUAAAACGGACAUAUUACGUCAGCACAUUACCCAUAUAUACGCUAGUAUGUAAAGCCAAACGAAAGUAACCGACAAUCAGUGGACGACAAUAAGUGUGGAAAAAAAUGAAAUGGAAAAAAUUAAGGAAGUAACAUCGAGAAGUCUCGUUCUUUUGUUCCAUGAUGUUAAAUCUUCUCCUAUAUAAUACGGUAUAUAAUGUAUAUACAAGUAUCCAUAGCCUAUAUACCAUAUCUACGGCCAUUUGUAAAAAGUGAUCAGCAACGUACAAUACUUGUCAGACAUCUUCUCUUGUUUAGGGCGUGUACUGCAUCGUAUAAGAAAAAAAAUUUCAAGUUCUUAUUAGUUCUUAAAAACGUUAAAACGUUCAAGUAAAAGUUACAUUUCUCAAUUUCGAUAGCAUCACAUUCAAUAAUUUUUAUUCAGUAAAGAUGGGCAAAACGGCAGUAAUGAUUUUACAAGAGUUAGGAGUGAAAGAGGGCUUCUUACCAGUUUAUACCUUGAUUCGUUCACAAACUGGUAAGCACAUAAAUAUAUUUACUUUUGAAGUAAGAUAUAAAGAUUUCUCAGCAACUGGACAAGCAUUGACUAAAAAAGAUGCGAAGCAGAAAGCAGCUCAAAAUAUGUUAACAUUAUUGGAAGACCCAAAUGAUACUUCUAAAGCAAAACCAUCAUUAUCAUCAAACAACAUUUAUCCUGGUACUUCAUCAGGACAAGCUUUACUAGAUUCAACAUUAACGCAUGAAGACCUUAAAAAUUAUGUUGGAUCUUUGCAACAAUACUGUAUAGAAAAUAAAUUAAUGCAGGCAGAUUAUCAAGUUACUAAUAUAACUGGCCAAGCACAUGAACAAGUGUUCACUAUGUCCUGUACAGUAGGGUCAACAACUGAAGAAGCAACAGGAACUACAAAAAAACAAGUCAAACAAAGAGUAUCAAAAAAGAUAUUAGAACGUCUUAAAAAUACUAAUAAUCCCUCAGUUGAUAACAAAGAUGAAUGCGGAUCUUCUAAUCCUUUUAAAGACUCUGACGAUUUGUCUGAAGAAGGCAAAGAUGUUUUUGACAAGUUAAGUUUACAAUUACAUAAUUGUGAACUAAACGAAACCGAAUCUCAAGCAAAUAAGAAAGAGAAAUUUCUAGAUGCAAAUGUCGAGAGGUACCUAGAACCACAACUUAGAAAGGAUGUUACUGAUUUCCAAACUCGUCAUUCGUUCUUCAAACAAUACGUUUACAAUACUGUCUGUAAUUGUAGUGAGGAAAAAUUAAUUGAAAUAUUUAAUACUGUCAAGAGCUUUAAGAGUAGUUUUAUGGAUAUAGACAAAUAUGACUUCAUAAAAGUAGCUUCUCUGGAACAGGAGAUUUUAACGUAUAUUGAAAAGAAAAUGAAAUUAUCCAUAGAAAAAAAGAUUAUACGUUGCAAAAACCCAUUGCUAAAGAUAACUGCUUUUAAAAUUAGUACUCCUCUAGCUAUAAUUCAAUUUGGAGCACAUAACAAUUCGUUGGUUGCAGGAGCAAUAGCUCUAGUUAAUAUUCUUGACACGAUUAUAACAUACUUGGGGUAAAUAUAAAUGUCUAAUUUCUUAUA